AUCAGGCCAUGUUAUUAUUCUUUCCCGUUGCUUCCCAAAUUUUUUUCUCAAAUGACGCGAUAUUGGUUAUGUCACGGUUUUGAUGGCUACCAUGCAGUAUAUAUUUUGAUGGUAAUUUUAACAAUAUAUUACAAGUGUUAUGUGUACAUAAUCUUCUGCGAGAAAUUCACGGGUCCCUAUGGUAAAACGCUUUUCUCUCAUCCUCGUUCUCAUUCUGUUUCCAGCUUUCUCAUUUUCCACAUUGCAAAUUACACCUGAAUAUAACCGUAAAUUGUUCAGGCGAAAACAACACCGUACAGAGGGGGGAAGAUGUACAGAUAAAUUAGCAGUUCUUAACUUUCGAUUUCAAAAGUGUGCUGUUAGGUUUUCUUUUGCUGUUGGUGAUUCAACACGUAGCGACGGGCCGUAGUAUUUACACACCUGUAAUUUUUACAAGAUGUCAGGCCCUAAAGCUAUUGCGCUCUCUGAUUCAUCGCUUGAGAGCCAAUUCACUGAUCUCGAGCUUCGCAACCUCCAAUCCAAAUUUCUUUCAUCGAGGAAUUCAUCAGGCCGCAUCAGGUUAAGAGACUUGCCACCGGUGAUGUUGCAGUUAAAGAAUUUUUCUGAGAUUUUCAGAGAAAGGGACAUCAAAGCAAUUUUGAGCGAGUCAGGCUCAAACAUGAAUCACGAAGUUGAUUUUGAAUCCUUCCUGCGGGCAUACCUAAAUAUAAAUGCUCGUGCUCAAACAAAGGCAGGUAAAACGAAAUUGAAAAAUGCACCUUCGUUCCUCAAGGCACCCACGACCACUCUUCGACACACCAUUAGCCAAUCAGAGAAGGAAUCUUAUGUUAACCACAUUAAUAGAUAUCUUGGAGAAGAUUCAUUCCUAAGGAAGUAUCUUCCUAUAGAUCCGAAUACCAGUGCUUUGUUUGAUCUUGUUAAGAAUGGUGUUCUCCUCUGUAAGCUUAUCAACGUGGCUGUACCUGGUACAAUAGACGAGCGGGCAAUAAACACUAAGGCUGUGCUUAAUCCUUGGGAGAAGAAUGAGAAUCAUACAUUGUGCCUCAACUCUGCUAAAGCUAUUGGCUGCACCGUCGUGAACAUUAGCGCACAGGACCUGGCAGAGGCAGAAUUUAAACCACAUCUACUACUUGGUUUGAUGUCCCAGAUAAUCAAGAUACAACUUCUAUCCAGUCUCGACCUCAAGAAAACUCCUCAGCUAUUGGAACUGGUGGAAGAAGAGAAGGAUGUCGAGGAGCUCAUGAAUUUAGCUCCAGAAAAGGUUCUCCUAAAAUGGAUGAACUUUCAUUUGAAGAAAGCCGGAUAUGAAAAGGAGGUUACCAACUUUUCCACGGAUUUAAAGGACGGAGCAGCCUAUGCUCACUUGCUUACUGCUCUUGCUCCAGAACUUGGAAGUAAAACUGUCUUGGCGACAGAUGAUCCUGCUGAAAGAGCAAAUUUGAUCGUAGAGCAAGCUGAGAAAAUGGACUGCAAAAGUUAUGUCACUGCAAAAGAUAUUGUUGAAGGCUCCACAAACUUAAAUCUUGCAUUUGUUGCAGAAAUUUUUCAACAUAGGAAUGGCCUACAUGCACCGCCAGAGGAGACUCAGAAUACUUAUGCAGAAAUGAUUACAGAUGAUGCUGAAACUUCCAGAGAAGAGAGAUGCUUCAGAAUGUGGAUCAACAGUCUUGGAAUAGAAACAUAUGUCAAUAAUUUAUUCGAGGACAUGAGACCUGGAUGGGUCAUACUGGAAGUUCUUGAUAAUAUAUUCCCUGGAUCAGUCAACUGGAAGAAAGCAAACAAACCUCCUGUCAAGAUCACUCUCAGAAAAGUUGAGAAUUGCAACCAAGCCAUAAAGAUCGGAAAGGAAUUAAAUUUCUCCCUGGUGAAUGUUGAUGGAAACGAUUUUGUACAAGGAAACAAGAAGCUUAUAGUGGCUUUUCUAUGGCAACUGAUGAGAUUUAGCAUGCUAAAACUACUCAAAAACCUGAGGUCUAGCACUCAAGGAAAGGAAAUAACAGAUAACGAUAUUUUAAAUUGGGCAAACGACAAAGUUAAAAGUUCAGGGAAGGAAACUCGGAUAGAGAGCUUCAAGGAUAAAACUCUUUCAAAUGGGAUUUUCUUCCUCGAACUUCUUACUGCUGUGGACCCAAGGGUUGUCAACUGGGAUCUUGUCACUAAUGGCGAAAAUGAUGAGGAGAAGAAGUCGAAUGCAACAUAUAUAAUUAGUGUAGCGCGAAAGCUGGGAUGCUCUAUCUUCUUAUUGCCCGAGGAUAUUAUGGAGGUGAACUCAAAGAUGAUACUCACCCUAACAGCAAGCAUAAUGUAUUGGAGUCUAAACCAAAAGGGUGGUGGAAAUACCCUUACUAGUGCUAGAAACUCUGACGCAUCUCUGGCAGAAAGCGGAGACGAGGCAGAAGAUGCAGCAGCUGAAACUGCCUCGGUUGCAUCAGAAGGGGUGCCAGCUGAACUUGAGGAAAUCGCGUGAAAUGUUGAGCAGAGCAGAACUGAGAAAGAAUGAAAGUGUAACUACCUCUUAACAUUGUGGUAUUUAUUUUAAGCUAAGUAUACACUUGUAUAAACACUUUUUACGGUCCUUAGUGAUCCGAUUUACCGGUUACUGGUCGGUGCAAAUUGUGAAUGCCUGAGUACGAUGAAAGGUAGAAGUGGCUAGUGCCAUGUAGAAAGAGAAGUAGAGAGUUGGUAUUAAGUUUUCUCUGUAGUCAUGGUCUGUUCUGUGUAUGUUCAUUUGAUGAGAAUGUCUUCAAGGAUGUACCAGAUUCAAUACAAGAAUAUUUUAUAGUCCA